CGACUGCCAUUUUCAAGGGCAUUGGCCCCGUGAGUUGCCUCGUCAACAAGCACAAGCGGCCUUUCUCCUGGCUGAGCUACCGCUGGCAGCCGUCAGGUGUCGCACUCCUCUCUUUCUUCCGCCCCAGACUUUUUCUAACGCUUAUGAGAAACAAAGUGUUGCAUCAGCUGGCGACUCCCUCUCUUACUUCAACUUCGUUCCGUCCCUUCUGUGCCAGUUGCACCGCCUUUCCCCUGUUCGCCAGAUUCCAGUCCCGGCACGUCUUGCUCCCAGGACCAGCCUGGUCUACCACGUGCCCGAAUACAACGUGACUAUAGUGAACACAUGGAGCACUUUCCUUAAUCAGUAUUGGCAGGACAAGAAAACCCUCUCUUUAUACAACAAGGGCAGGGUAAUUACUCCGGAGGAUUCGGUGGUGAAUCUGGAGGGGGUGGAUUGGCGGUGGGGGCGGUACUUAGCUAAGUACGACGUGCUUCUACUGCAGUCUGCUGCGCACUGGCAGGCGAAACGCUCGAGGUGGCGGCGGUUCUUUACUGACAGACGAGGGCGAGUUGCUUAUAAGGAGUCACGCUACUUGCGCGCGUUCCAAGCCGGCAUGCAGAGUGUGAAGAAGCUGGUAGACCGGGCCAAUGACAGAGGGACACGUGGCAGCAGCAGCAGCGGUAACAGCAGUCGCAGGAGCAGGAGCAUCAACAGUGUUAGAGGCAACAGUAGCUUCGGCAGCAAGGGUGGUGGUGACAAGUGGCCUGUGGUGUUCUUCCUCUCUGCCCCUGCGAAGCAGAACGGUUGUUCUUUCGCUACCCAGCCACGCACAGAGGCAGAGGUUUCACUGUACCGUGACCAAAGCGUUCAGAUGACGAAGUGGCUGCCCCUGCAACGCAGCGUCUUUUCCCAAUCACACAUACGCCUUAUAGACAUCACCUCUGCUUCGUUAUACCGCCGGGACGCUUUCGUUGGGUCGGGCGGAAUUAACAAGGAUUGCAUACAUUGGUGCCUUCCGGGUGUUCCGGACUCUUGGGUCGCAAUGGUGCUUGGUGCCAUGCUUAGAGAGCGACGAUUGGUUGGAUCAAUAGGAAGAAUAGGAUUUCCAGGUGUAGGUGGUGGUUUAGGAGCGGGAAAGGGACCGCCUUACAGAGAGGACAGUACGGCCCGCAAUGAGGUGGUGAACUUGGAGAGGAAGAGAAAGAUCGGAACGGGGGUGCUUAAUCUCAUAGCAAGGAAAAGGGAGAAUCUGUUCUUCCACUUCCAUAAGCACAGACCAAAUUCAUAAUUUGCGUAGGGUUAUGUGAUGGUUUUCCAUCUGG